CUCACUUGUUUUACUUGGUAUUUUGGUCUAAAAGCACUUCCUGUGGUCCAUAUCCGUUCAUACUUGGCUUCCGCAAUUGACAAUCACAUCUGCAAAUUUGGAUCACACACAUUUUGUAACAAUUUAUCACACAGUAUUAUUAUACACAAAAGCACUAAGCUAUAAUAUAAUUAAGACAAGUAUACUCUCACUCGUAGCUUUGAACAUUUUUCUCAGAGAAAAAUGUUUCUCAUGAGUUUCAAGGUGAUAGAGAUGUUAUAUAUGUUUGGUUUGAACAAAAAUCUAUAGACUCUAAAUCCCUAAAGUAUAUACACUUUAACAGUCACAUAAAUCUCAGCUAAAAUGUGAGGUGGGAACAUACAUAUGAAAAAUUGAAACUUUCACGAAAGAUAGUAUGACAAGUUGAGAAAUGAGAGAUUGAAACUUCCACCCAGCUGGUCUUCCACCCAGGUCUACUUGAAUUAUUCUGGACAUAAACGACAAAAUAUGCAUGAUUGCAAAGAUAAAAUGUAGGAGACGAAGAAAUUUCAAAUUUCAUUAAAUGUCUACAAGUCAAGUAUGAAUGUUUCCGAAAUCAAGUCGACGACACAAAGAAAUAAAAAGCCAUAAGGGUUAAUUCUCUCUUUAAAUUGUCGGUGGAUCUCCUUUAGCAGCCAAAAUUGACAAAUUCCCAAAGUAUUCUCGUUUGGUCUGUUCUUUUGUUAGUUUUAAAACUGAGUUGAUUUUUUUUUCAUGCUCUUUAGAAAAAUCUUCUCCAGUUUUUAGAGAUAAAUCUCACAUUCAAUAAAGUCUUGUGCUUACUGUGAUAUAUCCGUGGAUUGGAUUCAUAUCCAUAUAGUGAAGAUGGUAGAUGCUAUCACGGGAUUCGUUGUGGGAAAGAUAGGCAACUAUCUCAUUGAAGAAACAUCAAUGUUGAUGGUAGUCAAAGAUGAUCUAGAAGACCUAAAGACAGAGUUGACGUGCAUCCAAGGUUAUCUCAAGGAUGUUGAAGCGCGAGAACAAGAAGAUGAGGUUUCGAAAGAGUGGACAAAACUGGUUUUAGAUAUUGCUUAUGACGUCGAGGAUGUUUUGGACACCUAUUUUCUGAAACUCGAGGAAAGAUCACAAAGACGUGGUUUGAAAAGAUUGACCAACAAAAUAGGCAGGAAGAUAGAUGCGUACAACAUAGUUGAUGAUAUCAGAAUCCUCAAGAGAAGAAUCUUGGAUGUUACUCGCAAGCGGGAGACUUAUGGCAUAGGAAACUUCAGUGAGCGUCGAGGAGGAGAGAGUAAUUUAAGUUUAAGGGUACGGGAGCUUCGACGUGCUCGAUCUAUUGAUCAAGAAGAGCUUGUAGUUGGUUUGGAAGAUGAUGCUAAGAUUUUAUUGGAAAAGCUUCUCGAUGAGAGAGAGUACAAUAGAUUUAUUAUCUCGAUCUUCGGUAUGGGAGGUCUCGGAAAGACUGCACUUGCUAGGAAGCUCUACAACUCAGAGGAAGUGAAGAGAAGAUUCGAAUACCGCGCUUGGACUUAUGUUUCUCAAGAGUAUAAAACUGGAGAUAUACUUAUGAGGAUCAUUAGAUCUUUGGGGGUGGCUUCUGUGAAAGAGUUGGAGAAGAUCAGGAAGUUUACAGAGGAGGAAUUAGAAGUUUACCUUCAUGGUAUUUUAGAAGGGAAAAAAUAUCUGGUGGUGGUAGAUGAUAUAUGGGAGCGAGAAGCGUGGGAGAGUUUAAAGAGAGCGUUACCUUGCAGCCAUGAAGAAGGAUGUAUAGUCAUCAUCACUACCCGUAUUAGAGCUGUUGCUGAAGGCGUGGACGGGAGAUUCUAUGCUCAUAAGUUAAGAUUCUUGACGUUUGAAGAAAGCUGGAAGUUGUUUGAACAGAAAGCAUUCAUAAAUAUGGAAUGGGUUGAUGAAGAUCUGCGGAAAAUCGGAAAAGAAAUGGUUCAAAAAUGCAGUGGAUUACCACUUGCUAUAGUCGUUCUUUCGGGGCUUUUGUCGAGGAAGAGUCCAAGCGAGUGGAAUGAUGUGUGUAACAGUUUAUGGAGACGGCUAAAGGAUAACUCCAUUCAUGUUUCCACUUUGUGUGAUCUAAGCCUCAAGGAGAUGCGACAAGAGUUGAAACUUUGCUUUCUUUACCUUAGUAUCUUCCCUGAGGACUAUGAGAUUGAGGUAGAGAAGUUGAUACAGUUACUUGUAGCAGAAGGGUUUAUACAAGGGGAUGAAGAGAUGAUGAUGGAAGAUGUGGCUCGGUACUACAUCGAAGAGCUGAUAGACAGAAGCUUAGUGGAAGCAGUGAGAGUAGAAAGAGGAAAAGUGAUGACUUGUAGAAUCCAUGAUCUUCUGAGAGACGUGGCUAUCAAAAAAUCUAAAGAGCUAAACUUUGUAAACGUUUAUAACGAUCAUGUGGCACAACAUACUUGUUGCAGAAGGGAAGUGGUUAACCAUCAGAUCAUCAACAAAUACUUUUCUGAGAAACGUAUGAACAAAAGGAUGCGAUCCUUCCUCUUCUUUGGAGAAUCGAGGGUUAAUGUUAAAACCACUAACUUGAACAUGAAGCUACUUCGAGUGCUUAAUCUUGGAGGGGUUCAUUUUAUUCAAAAAGGAGUUAUUACAUUGAGUUUCCCAGAUGUGGUCGGGGAUUUAAUCCACUUGAGGUACUUUGGGAUUGCUGAUACUCGUGUAAAAAAUUUACCAGCUUUCAUCUCUAAUUUACGGUUUCUACAAACGCUAGAUACAUCUGGCAAUGAUUCCUUCAUACAAACAAUCGAUCUCCGUAAGCUCACAUCACUGAGGCAUGUCGUAGGAAAUUUCUUGGGAGACUUUCUAAUAAGCGACGCAAUGAACCUUCAGACCUUGAGGUCUAUCUCAUCCUACAACUGGAGCAAACUAAAACAUGAGUUGCUCAUAAAUCUUCGGGACUUGGAGAUUUAUGAAAACCGUGUGGGGCAAGGAAGAGAUACUGUGUGCUGGGCUUCCUUAAGUAAACUGAGAAAUCUUCGUGUUCUGAAGCUGAGAAACAUCAGAUUAUCGUUGGAAUCGGAAGAAGCAGUUAGGUCCAUGGAUGUGAUAUCACAAACUCUUGAAUCUGUGACACUUGUUGGAAUAAAUCUCGAGGAAGACCUAAUGCCUAUUCUGCAGAAAUUGCCGAGACUGGAAGAUCUGAUUUUGAAAACUUGUGAUUUAGUGGGAGGCAAGAUGAGCAUCAGAGAACAAGGUUUUGGUCGGUUGAGGAAGCUUCAAUUGUUCAUAGAAAAAUUAGGUGUGUUGCAGAUAGAAGAACAGGCCAUGCCCAAUUUGAUUCAGCUGAAACUAAGCACCAAAGUACAAUACUGCCACCUGAUAAUUCCAAACCGAUUCCGAGCUUUUAUUCAAAUCUACGAAACGUUCUACGAAACGUAACUGCUGCCGAUGAAUUAUGAGCUACAAGAAACAGGGCAACAUGUGAACCAGGCCUUAAAGUUUUAUGUCUUUAAAUAGUCAUUUUCUCCUACAUGUUUUAACAUAUAUAAGUUUGCUACAUAAAACGUCUUUUCUA